UCAAAUUAUCAUUGUGCAACAGGUUAAAACUCUGUUUCGUUGGCAAAUUAAAAUGAAUCUACUACACGGUUUGUUUUCGGUGCUAUUUAUCGUUGAAUUUUCAGAACUUCAAGGAAAACAUGGCUUUUUCUCGCAAGCUCUUCUCAAGGGCGAAGUAAUUGAAAACAUGUCACAGGCAAAGUUUGUAGCUGGAAUCUAUGCCCCUACAAAAUAUUUGUAUGCAUUCAAAGACAAUUUAACUGAUACUGAUAGGGAAAUGGUAAUUACAUGUACCGCAUUUAUUCUGUCAAAAACGGAAAUUAUCACGAAUGCCCAUUGUGUGGCUGGCGCUCCAUAUGCCUAUGUGGUAGCUGGUACGAAAGUUGCAUCAUACGAAUAUCAACAAAUAAAAAUCAAAGUCGAAAAAGAGAACAUUGCAUGGCACCCUCAUUAA